AUGUGUGAUAUGAAUGUGUCGUCAUCGACUCGUGAUCUAACAACAAGAGCAACAAUUCAAAUUGUCACCAUACAGAUGACUUAUUAUGGACCGGUUCUUCUCCUGAUUGUGGGCAUUUUCGGUUGUUUAUGCAACUUUCUUACAUUCACAUCCCGCCAACUACGUCAAAAUUCAUGUGCGUUCUAUUUUCUUUGCGCAUCAGUAUUUGAAUUUCUUUCGAUUACAUUCGGAUUGAUUUCUCGCUUAGCUGCUGAUCAUUUAGGUAGCAAUCUACAGAACACAGAUCGAUUCUAUUGUAAAUUGCGAGCUUAUCUUGUGUCUGCUAUUCCACUGAUUGCCACUUAUUUGAUACUGUUAUCAGCUAUCGAUCGUUGUAUGUCAUCGUCAACUCAUGCGUGUUUACGUUCGUUUAGUCGUAUAAAGAACGCCUAUCGUUCAGUUAUCAUCGCCAUUCUUGUUGCUUUAAUUUCUUGUUCUCAUAUUUUAAUUACGUACGAUCUGCGACCAAGAUGUUCAACACUUGUGGGAACUUAUGCGAUAUUCGAUGGUCUGUUUGUCGUCUUUUGGCUUGGAGUCAUUCCUCAUAUACUUAUGCUAAUCUUCGGUUUUAUUACUUUAUUGCAUAUCAAACGCGUGCGACAAAGGAAAUUUAUGGAAAUUCCAAUAGACACAAUUACAACCAGCAAUCGAAGUACACCUCGGCCCAGCCAUAAAACUGAACGGCAAUUAAUUUUAAUGAUGUUAGUUCAAGUUGGUUUAAGUUCAUUAUUAACACUAACACGAAUGAUCUAUUAUGCAUAUUAUAUUCUCGGACCACCACUAAAGGGUUAUGACAAAAUGAUUGGAUCAUUUCUAAUGUCAUUUACAACGCUUCUUUACUAUAGUAACUAUGCCAAAUCGUUUUAUAUUUACACGCUGACUAGUCGCUUGUUUCGAACAGUUUUUCUUCAAAGAUUGCGAAAAUGUACCGAAGCAAUCUUUCAUAUUCAUCGAUUGUCAAUAAAAACGACAUGA